CAGAACUCAAGAGGCCCGUCACGUGUGCGCGUUUUUACGUAGCGACAGCACAGGAAUAGAAACAGGAAGCGAGCUGAGCCGCCAUGGCCAAAGCCAGGAGCGGACCCCUGGCCCGGCGGCCCGACAACUCGGCCUUCAAGCAGCAGCGUCUGCCCGCCUGGUCGCCCAUGCUGACCGCAAACACGGUGCUGCCUUUUUUCUACUUCAUGGCCGUCAUAUGCCUGCUGCUGGGAAUUUGGCUUCUGCUCACCGUACAGAGCGUACGGGAAGUCCGGGUGGACUACACCGACAACGGAACUUGUGCUCUUUGUCACGACAUGCGCAAGAACGCCAGCAACGCGGCGUUGACCUGCACUUGCAAACUGCGCUUUACCUUGGACAAAACCUUGAAGGGCGACGUCUUCUUCUACUACGGCCUCCAGAACUUCCACCAGAACCUGCGCAGGUACAUGGACUCCCGUGACGACGCGCAGAUGGUCGGCAGGAAGUCCAACUUAAAGAAACCCAGUUCGUACUGCAAGCCCUUCGCCACCAACGACAAAGGACUGCCGAUCGCUCCCUGCGGCGCUGUUGCAAACAGCAUUUUUAACGAUUCCUUUAAAUUCCAGUAUCUCGGUUCCGGUAGCUCCGAGUACGCCGUUCCUCUAUUACGCAAGGGCAUCAGCUGGUACACGGACAAAAACAUCAAGUACCGCAACCCGCCGACCGGCAACCUGAGCCUGGCUGCCGUCUUCCAAGGCACGGCGCCGCCGCCCUACUGGCGCAAGCCCGUGUACGAGCUGGACACGCGCGACGACGUCAACAACGGCUUCAUCAACGAGGACCUCAUCGUGUGGAUGCGGGAGGCCGCCUUCCCCGAUUUCAAGAAGCUCUACGGCGUUUUGCACCGCGCCGACAAACCCUUCCAAAGCGGCCUCCCCAAGGGCAACUACAGCGUGGAGAUAACCUACAACUUCCCCGUCCAGUACUUCCGAGGCAGGAAACAGGUAAUCCUGACCACGCUGAACUGGUUCGGCGGUCCCAACCGGUUCCUCCCCAUCGCGUACUUGAUCACCAGCUGCCUGGUCCUGCUGGCGGCCGUCGGGCUCACCGUCGUGUGGUGGAGGUUCGGGAAGGACGGGAAGAACAUGGACGAGUGACUGUGCGCGACAUAGUUGUUGGGUUGGAAAGCGUCGGCCUCGCAGUUCGGAGUUCCCGGGUUCAAUUCCUCGGGGCACACCGGUUUCCUCCCGCAUCCCCAAAACAUUCAACAUACUCAAAAUUGGCCCGAGGUGUGAUUGCGAGUGCGACUGUUUGUCUCCAUGUGCCCUGCGAUUAGGUUGGCAACCAGUUCAGAGUGUACCCUGCCGUCUGCCCAUUGACUGCUGGGAUACCCUCGUGAGGAUAAGCGGCAAAAAAAAUGGAUGGAUGGACAUAGUUAUUGGUACAGCCGUUGUAUUAUGUGCAUAAUGUUAGCAAUGCAGUGUGUGGAAGCUAAUGUCAUGUCAUAAUGUGUAUAUAUUUCCAAUUAAUUAUUUUGUACCAUCCAUCCAUGUUCUGAGCCACCUAUCCUCACAAGGGUCACGAGAGCGCCGGAGGCUAUCCCAAGCUCUAACCUGAACUGGUCACCAGCCAAUCGCAAGGCACGUAUAAACAAACAACCGUUGCAGUCACAAUCGCACCUACGGACAAUUUUGAGUCUCCGAUGAAAGAAUGUGGCAGGAAACGCACGCGGGCACAGGGACAACACGCAAAGUCCACACAGGCGAGUCAGGGAUUUGAACCCCAGUCCUCAGAACUGUGAGGCAGACCCUCGAACGAGGCGGCCAUUUUGUACAAAUACAGUAUAUUUGUUAAUCUUUUGACACUGAAAUGCUGAAACAUAAAUUGUGAUAAGUGAAAGGGUUACCUUUCACAUUUGGACCAUUAUGGUACCAAUUCCUGGUACCCGUUAAUGGAUACCGACCGGCACUCAGCGGUACCGAUUUUUGGUACUUUUGUAUGCGGUAAUAAAUUAAGUAUGGUGAACAUU